AUGGAAUCCUUUAGUCUUCCGGUAACUUAUAUUGGUAGAGUAACAACACUAGAUUCAAACAGAGUUCAGAAAAUCCAAAGGGAACUUGAAGAAGUAAUAAAAAUUGUUCGAAGUGAUAUCGAUCGUAUCAUUGAGCGUGAAAGUCGGCUGAAGAAUCUAACCGUACGCGCCGACGAGAUGGAAGCUCGAGCAGGACAGUUUUCACGCAAGGCAAUUCAAGUUAGACGUAACAUAUGGUGGCGUGGUGCACGUCUGACGAUUACCAUUGUUUGUACUUGUAUGCUCUUCGUCGUCGGUAUCAUUGGUUAG